AUGGGCAAGAAUGGUCAACUAGUUAAAUUCACAGCGAAAGAUGCAGAAGCUCUGGUGCGUAAUGUGAUCGAACCCAUGGCUUCAGAUGGUUUGCGUACAAUUUGCCUUGCCUACAAGGACUACGUACCUGCUGGAGGACAUGUGGGAGAGAACCAGAUCGCUUACACCGGUCAAAUCGAUUGGGAUAACGAAGAUGGUGUUCUCAGCGACUUGACAGCCAUUGCAAUUGUAGGAAUCCAAGAUCCUGUUCGACCAGAAGUACCAGCUGCCAUCACGAAGUGUCAAGAAGCUGGUAUCACUGUCCGAAUGGUCACUGGUGACAAUAUCAACACAGCACGUUCUAUCGCAACAGCUUGUGGCAUCCUGAAACCUGGAGAGGACUUCAUCGCUCUCGAAGGCAAGGAAUUCAACGCGAGAUCUGAACGCUGUGGCGCUCUUUGUUGA